GGCUGAGGAUGGGGAGAAUCUCAGGAACCCAGAAGACCAUGCCCUGCCUGAAAGCAUGGCCUGAAGGCCCAAAGGAUCUGCCCUAAUACAGCCAUGGCAGCUGCCUGGUGAUUCCUACUUUGGCUUCUCUCUGCACAAGCAGCUUCUCAACAUGAGAAACAGUCUCAACUUGACCUUCCUGUGUCUGAGUCUCUUUGCUGGAAGGAUGUGCAGUCAGGGGAAUCAGUUCAAUGUGGAGGUCGGCAGAAGUGACAAGCUCUCCCUGCCUGGCUUUGAGAAUCUCACUGUAGGAUAUAACAAAUUUCUCAGGCCCAAUUUUGAUGGAGAACCAGUUCAGAUAGCCCCGACUCUGGACAUUGCAAGUAUUUCUAGUAUUUCAGAGAGUAACAUGGACAACACAGCCACCAUCUACCUCAGACAGCGCUGGACGGACCCGCAGCUGGUGUUUGAAGGUAACAAGAGCAUCACUCUGGAUGCCCGCCUUGUGGAGUUCCUCUGGGUGCUGGACACGUACAUUGUGGAGUCCAAGAAAUCAUUCCUCCACGAAGUCACAUUGGGAAAGAGGCUCAUCUGCCUCUUCUCCAAUGGCACCGUCCUAUAUGUUCUCAGAAUCACGACGACUGUUGCCUGUAACGUGGACCUGUCUAAAUACCCCAUAGACACACAUACAUGCCAGUUGCAACUGGAAAGCUGGGGUUAUGAUGGAAACGACAUGGAGUUCAGCUGGAUGAGAAGCAACGACUCUGUGUGUGGGCUGGAGAUCCAGCGGCUCGCUCAGUACACCAUCCAGCAGUAUUUCACCUUAGUCACCAGAUCACAACAGGAAAUCGGAAAUUAUACACGAUUGAUCCUGCAAUUUGAGCUUCGGAGGAAUGUCCUAUAUUUCAUUUUGGAAACUUAUGUUUCUUCUACUUUCCUGGUGGUGUUAUCCUGGAUUUCGUUUUGGAUCUCUCUAGAUUCUGUUCCUGCAAGAACCUGCAUUGGAGUGACCACUGUAUUGUCAAUGACCACACUGAUGAUUGGUUCCCGGAUUUCUGUUCCCAAUACCAACUGCUUCAUAAAGGCCAUCGACGUGUACCUGGGGAUCUGCUUUAAUAUCGUGUUUGGGGCCCUGCUGGAGUACAAGGUUGCCCACUACAGCUCCUUACAGCAGAUGGCAGCCAAAGAUAGGGGGAUGCCGAAGGAAGUGGAAGAAGUCAAUAUUACUAACAUCAUCAACAGCUCCAUCUCCAGCUUCAAACGGAUCAGCUUUGCCACCAUUGAGAUUUCUGGCGAUAACAUUGACUACAGCAACUUGACUAUGAAAACCAGUGACAAGUUCAAGUUUGUCUUUCGAGAUAAGAUGGGCAGGAGUGUUGAUUACUUCACAAUUCAAAACCCCAGUAAUGUUGAUCGAUAUUCCAAGCUACUAUUUCCUUUGGUUUUUAUGCUAGCCAACAUAUUUUACUGGGCCUACUACAUGUAUUUUUAAGAGUAUGUGGAAUUGUUUGCAUGCCAUAGGUCUUCAACACAACAAGGGAAUGAUGGAAAUGGUAUUCUAAGCCAAGUAUGCACCCUAACCCAAUGAUGCUACAAAUGACUAAAAUAACAAUUUAGCAUUUUUCCUCAAAAAAUGGACCCCCAACCAUUAUUUAAGCUGUGUAGAAAUCUCAGCAUGACAGAGUCUUGUAAUAGAAACAUCAACCCAUUCCUUUUUUUAUCUUUACAAAAGACAUCCCCAUGGAGCCUGAUUACAAACCUACUCAGGGUUGGCUGACUGCUCAGCAGCUCUCUAGUUUGCAUUUACC